UUAAGACACGGACACAUUAUUACCGAAUAUAAUCCCAACUACGAGUUCGGGGGCUCGACCUGUACUCUACAAGACCUGAGAGAAGUGCCCCGAGAGAAGCUCACACUUAUUAAAGCUUUAGGUCAGGGAGCUUUUGGUGAAGUUUAUCAGGGAUUCCUUCAUAACAUGCCCGGAGAGAUCACCGAUGAAUUACCAGUUGCUGUCAAGACAUUGCCUGAGUAUUCGGCCAAUAAUCAGGCGGAAAUGGAUUUCCUUAUGGAAGCGCUCAUUAUGUCUAAAUUUAAACACAGAAAUAUUGUUCGCUUUAUUGGUGUCUGCUUUGAGAAAAUGCCCCGUUUUAUAGUCCUUGAACUGCUGCCCGGCGGUGAUCUCAAGACAUUCCUCCGUGAAUCUCGGGCCACAGCCGGCAAACCUUCGCCACUAGUUAUGGGAGAUAUUCUUGUCAUCGCUUUGGACAUAGCCCUCGGCUGUCAGUACUUGGAAGAGAAUCACUUUAUUCACAGAGACAUUGCGGCCCGAAAUUGUCUCCUCAGCACCAAAACUAAAUCCCAAAUGUCUGCUACUAUUAAUAAUAUG